AUGAUCCGGUUUGUCUGCUUUUAUCUUCGCAUCGUUGCAGAUGAAGAGCGUCAGGUAGAUGAAUAUCUGGCACAGAGGGAUCGAGCUGUGGACGCUGAUGUGGACAGCGCAAGCGGCGAGGAUACUGGCACAGAGAGUGAGUAUGACGACAGCGAGUGCGGCGACAGGGACAGGGAGGGAACUGUUGACAGCAGUGACGGUGGAGUUGUGCCGCAUCGACAGCCGCGCAGUGCUGCACCGGCUGACAAGAUGAAGGAUGCCCGUGAGCUGUUUAGGUGGAAGGACAAUCAGAAGUCGCUGGCAGUGCAGCUGUGGCUUUCGCUAGGCGACGGCAACACAGCGACGCAGACAAAUGCUCUGCUAGACUCACUAGCUUCAUUUAUACUUACAGGUUACGGCACAGAUGAGUUUUCAAGUGGCUUAGUGCAGUUUCUAGCUGUGCUGGGUAUAGACACACAGACAAAGCGGUUGCGUACUGCAAAGAACUACUCGUACAUACUUGCUGGCGUGGUCUACUGCGUUCGAGUACUAGCAGUGGAAAAGAUUUUACCGGCAGCUGAGCGCGACGAUCAGACAGACGAAGACCGUGAGCACUUCUUGGACAUGCGUCAGAAAUAU